AUGGAUUGGCAUUACACCACAAAACCAUUUCUUCCUCACCCAGACACCUUAAGCUUCUUCUACAACUACAACAACAACCCUUAUCCAGGAGUGGAAGUGCAACAAGCCACAUUGUUGGAGACAGGAGAAGGUUCUAUUCCGUCAAUGCACAACGGAAGCAAAGAGAAGAAGAAGCGGUUAACAAGCAACCAGUUAGAAAUAUUGGAGAGGAGCUUCCAGGAGGAAACAAAGUUAGACCCUGAAAAGAAGAUGAAACUUUCGAGGGAGCUAGGCCUUCAGCCUCGCAAAAUCGCUGUUUGGUUCCAAAAUAGACGUACGAGGUGGAAAACCAAGCAGCUUGAGCACUUAUACGAUGCUCUCAAGCACCAAUAUGAUGUCAUCUCCAACGAAAAGCAGAAGCUUCAAGAAGAGGUUAUGAAGUUAAAGGCACUGCUAAGUAAAGAGCAAGGUUUUGGGAAGCAAAGAUUGGGAGGUUAUCCAGAAAUAUCUGGAGUAGAAACGGUAGAAAGCACUUCAGAGGGUCUGAGGGGUUCCAACAAGGGAAAGAGUAACAUUGAGCAGGUCGCAGAUGAGGGCUUUUGCUCUUUCAGCGUGGAGGAUUAUAACACUGUUUCAGUGCCUUUCUGCCAGUGGUCUGCUGUACCUUAUUAG